AUGCUAGCAGCUGCAAAUGCCUCUGGUCGGGUCGCCCGUCGGGCUGCCGUCCUCGCAGGUCAGCGCCGCGUCGUCCAAGUCGCUCCCUCUAUCCCCCGCUCCGUCAGGUCUAUCCAGACAGUCGCCCAGACCGACAGAGACACAAUCACUCGCUUGCUCUACUCCAUUGGGACCAAGCGCGAAGUCGAGCGCUAUCUUCGCAUCUUCUCUUCCUCUUCAAACCCCACCCAUCCUGCAAAGUUUGCUGUCGUCAAAGUCGGCGGUGCUGUUCUCGAUGAUCUUGACGAACUUGCUCUCAGUCUUAGCUUCCUCUACCGUGUUGGAUUAUACCCUGUCAUCGUACAUGGCGCUGGUCCCCAACUGAACGAUAUCAUGGACAAGGAGGGCGUCGUUCCGGAUUACAUCGACGGUAUUCGUGUUACCAACGCGAAGACCCUCCAAAUUGCUCGUCGGGUAUUCCAGGAGGAGAAUCUCAAAAUUGUUACUGCGCUCGAGAAGCUCGGGACUCGCGCACGUCCCAUCACUUCUGGCGUUUUCACUGCCGACUACCUCGACAAGGAUAAAUACGGUCUCGUGGGCAAGAUCACCCGCGUGGACAAGCGCCCCCUGGAGGCUUCCAUCCGCGCUGGCGCUCUUCCCAUCCUUACAAGUCUCGCGGAAAGCGCUGAUGGCCAAAUCCUGAACGUCAACGCCGAUAUCGCCGCGGGAGAGCUCGCCAAGGAGCUUGAGCCGAUGAAGAUUGUGUUCCUCAAUGAGAAGGGUGGUUUGUUCCAUGGUGUCACCGGUGAAAAACUGGAUGUCAUCAAUCUCGACGAGGAGUACAAUGACCUCAUGAAACAAUCCUGGGUCAAGUACGGAACGAAGCUGAAGCUUCGUGAAAUCAAGGAGCUUCUUGACCACCUUCCUCGCUCUUCCUCUGUAGCGAUCAUCUCCGCCUCUUCCCUUCAGAAGGAGUUGUUCACAGACAGCGGCGCCGGCACCCUCAUCCGACGUGGCUACAAGCUCUUCAAACAUGAUACCAUCGAGACCAUGGGCGCCGACCGCUUGCGCCAAGUCAUUCGAGACCGCGACCCCGACGUUCUCUCGGGCUACCAGACCAUCACCGAAGUUCUCAGCAACCUCAAGAAGACCCCUUACACUAUUUACGGCGACGAGCCUCUAGAGGUUGUCGCAAUUGUCUCCCACCCUGAGGGCGAAAUCCCGGUGAUGACGAAGCUCUUGGCUUCUCGGAGCGGAAUCCUCAACAACGUCGUGGACAAUGUUUUCAACGCGAUCAAGAAGGACUACAGGAAGCUCUUCUGGACUGCCCACGCCGACGACGAGAACAGGGCUUGGCACUUCGAGAGGGCUGAUGGCAGCUUUACCAGGGCGGGCAAGAGCUUGUUCUGGUAUGGAAUCCAGGAUGUUAACGAGGUUGAGAGGAUGGUGAACGAGUUUGAAGCGAAGGGUCGCAUCGACAGGUCUUACCUGCCCGUCGGUCCAUCUGCUCCUCCCCACCGUGCUCAGGCCACGCCUAGUGGUGUCCGCUCUUACUCUACCAUGGCUCGUCGUGCCUUUCGCACCCCAGGCUCCUCGAGAGGAUACGCUACCGCGGCAGCCCCUGCCCCUUCCACGACCCCAAAGCGUCUCGCUCUGAUCGGUGCCCGAGGCUUCACUGGUCAAGCGCUGACCGGGCUCCUCUCUAACCAUCCCUACCUCGACCUUACGCACGUCUCUUCUCGUCAACUCGCCGGCUAUGCCCUCGAUGGUUACACGAAGACUCCCGUCACCUACUCGAACCUUUCUGUCCAGGAUGUCGAGCGGAUGGAGAAGGACGGCGAGGUGGACGCGUGGGUCAUGGCUCUUCCCAACGGCGCCGCCAAGCCAUUUGUGGAUGCCAUCGACAAGGGGACGAAGGAGAGGACGUCUGGCGAGGGAAGUGUCAUUGUGGAUCUCAGUGCGGACUACAGAUUCGAGAAGGAGUGGACGUACGGGCUUCCGGAAUUAUACUCCAGAGCCGCCAUCCGUGCCUCCAAGCGUGUCUCCAACCCAGGCUGCUACGCCACCUCUACACAGCUCCUUGUCGCACCCCUUCUCAAAUACCUCACCCCUCCGUCGUGGCCCACUGUUUUCGGUAUGUCAGGCUUCAGUGGUGCAGGUACUGUUGCGGGCGCCACAGAUCCUGAUGGCCGACCGACCACCAUCCCGAAAGUCACCGCCGAGUCUCUCGGCGGCGGCGUUAAGCCCUACGCCCUCACUGACCACAUUCACGAACGCGAAGCCGGUGCUCAUCUCUCCACCCUGCUUUCCAACUCGGCGAUGAAAGUCGCUUUCACCCCGAAUGUGGCACCUUGGUUCAGCGGUAUUAUUUCGGUCAUGUCGAUGCCUCUUAGCGAGGGUAUCUCGGCGAAGGAGCUCAGGGGAUUGUAUGAGGAAAAGUAUGCGGGCGAGAAAUUGAUUAGGAUUCAGAGUGGAGUGCCGGAGGUGAGGGAUGCGCAGAAUAAGCAAGGCUGGGUUGUUGGUGGAUUCCAGGUCGGGAGUCAGGGUGACAGGGCAGUCGUCGUCGGAGGCCUUGAUAACCUGCUCAAGGGAGCCGCCACUCAAUGUCUUCAAAACUUGAACCUUGCCCUCGGUUAUGAUGAAUACGCUGGUAUUCCCGAGGACAAGUAGACCAAAAAGCGCAAUCGACGGUGACAUUCUAACCGGAACCAAGGUCGCCGACACUUGCCACCAUUGUAUGACUCGAGACAAGGCUCGAACAAAUGUAUCAUAAUCGGAG